AUGAAUUUAUCAAACCUAAACUGCAAGGCAUCAGGGAAAGGCGAUGGCAGCGGCGAAGACAAAAGGAACGACGACAAGAACAACGAUGGCAACGACAAGUGGUCUCCAGAGCUGAGGAGCUGCUGCAGAAGAAGGAAGGAGCGGCGUGGGGACCUGGGAGGCAGGAGCGAGCAAGAAGAGGAAGCAGAAGCGUGCAGAUGCGGGGAGGAAGGAGAGAGGCACCCUGGGCAAAGCACCUGUCCCGUUAGCAUUGGCACAGUCACAUUUGAGUUGAGCGUUGCCGGCGCCUUUGGCGACCAGGCCGGCUUUGUGCUGGGCGACCUCCCUGUAAGCAGGGCUCGGGUCUUUGCUGUAGUUGGCCUUUUGCCUUGCUGCUCCUUUGGCUGCCUGGGGAGCGUGGCCCCCUGUAACGGAGGGCGAGAGCCACCUCUCCGCACCCGAGUGGGAAAUGGAGCUCGCCGGACCCCGAGGCCGCCCUGUAAGCAGGGUAGUGCCGUUUCCCUGCCCCUCUUCCUCCUCCGGCCCCUCGGCAUCGUUGCCUGGUGGUGGCCUGUCAAUGCGACGGCCCCGUACUCGGGGUGUGCGUCACGGCCUUUGGCUUUACCCGAGAAGCCCCUUGGCACGUUGAGGUGUGUGGCCUCCGUGCAGGCUAGGGACAGGUCACAGGCUCUUGUCUGUUGCUCGUGGUUGCGGGUUUAUUCCCAGGGUUUGGCUGCACUGCGUUGUCCUUCCCUUCUGGAAAGUCGCGCCAGUGCGUGUGUGUUCCCCUUCCUUUCCUUGUUUGUGUUUGUGUUUGUGGAGUGGCUGAGCGACUGAGCUUUCCCUUUAGGCCCCCACAAAGAUGCUGCAGCCUUAGCAUCGACUUCCCAGGGGCGAAUGGAGGACUUUGGUGCAUGUCGCAAAAGGGGUGUUCCCUCUUAGUCCCGCGAGCGCAGCGAGUGUCCUGUCUCCCUCCUUUUUACGUAGUACAGAUCAGAGCCACGCGGUAGUUCAGUGGCCGAGGCCGCCCUGUAGCCAGGGCUCGGGCCUGUCCUUGCUUGGGAGCCUGUUCUGCUGGCGGCGUGACAGCCCCAUACUCGGGGUGUGUGUCCCAAGCUUCGGAAACCUCUGUCCCUAAGCAGCACUCCCCGCCUGUAAUCAGGCGUUGGGAGGCUGCAGCAUUGCAGCCAGCCGCUUUAGCCAUCCAGCUGGUGGGAAUGACCCCUCCCUGUCCCGUCAGAGGGUGCAGGUUGAGGUGCUGCUUGUGUGUGGGGUGACCUCCCCGCUCGGUGGGUCGAGGUUGCUCCCUGGGCUCCC